ACUGUUUCUUAAUAUAUAUUUUUUAUUAGAUUAGUAUGAUUAAAUAAGUUUGACUAUAUUACAAUGAACGAACCACAUAAAUGGGAAUUCCGUCCCCCUCCGGGGGGAGAUGUAGGAGAAGAGCUGGUUAUUUGUCGAGACAAGGAGAUGUGCCGACUGGGCGUGAUGUGUCCAGCUGCCCACUCUGCUAGAGAACUAGAGGAAUGGAAGAAGAGAAAACAAGAACAGAUCAGGAAACAGAUACAGAAGGGAACAUACUCAGACAGAAUUCUCAAGGAGAUUUUCUCCGAGUCAAGCUCCCUGCCGCCGAUGAGCACUAGCCUGCCCGGGGUCAAGGUGGUGUGUGACAUGAAGGAGAACUUGAAAUUUGUGACGAGGAACUCCAGCGCUGUCUGGUGCUAUCAUCUUAGCUCACACCUUUUUCUCAAGGGAAUAAGUUUACUUCAUGUUGAGAACCUUACUUCAUGUUGA